AUGUCAACCAAAUACAUCAUAGAACAUUUAGAUGAACUGGAGGAAUGGUGCAUACUUGAAUAUAUACAUAUAUGCCAAACGGUAAAAGAUGAAAAUGUAAUAUUUACAAAAUUUUGUGAAAACUUCAGUGAAUUGACAAAUGGUAAAUAUAAACCAGCAUGCUAUGAAAAGUCAAUAGAUGAAAUAAAGAAUGAUCUAUUGUCAGGAAAUAUUUGUUUAUUAGACAUGAAAGCACAAAAUAAAUUAACAUGUAACGAUAAAAAUAAAAUCGAUUUUUUAUUAUUCGGAGGAAUAUUAGGAAAUGUUCCAUCUGAUGAUCGUACAUCCAUAUUAAGAAAUUUUAAUUUCCCUAUAUCAAGAAAUUUAGGUCCUAUACAAAUGACUACUAAUACAGCUGUUCUUGUUUGUCAUAUUAUUUUGAAUGAUAAUAUAGAAUUAGAACAUAUUCCAUAUGUUGAUAAUCCUGAGAUUUUUCUUAAAAAUAAUAAGGAAUCGAUAUCUCUUCCUUUUCGUUUUGUUUCCAAAUAUUAUUACACCCAAUGUGAGCAAGAUAAAAAUGUUCCUGUUCUUCCAGAAAAUUUUAAAGAAUACUUAAUAAAAUUGGGUGAUCAACAGUUUGAUGACAUAUCAUCAUUUUUAGAAAAUGAAGAUGAUUAA